CUACGCGGGAUGAUGGCAGAGAUGGAGGAGCCCGUUCUCUUCAGCAAAAACUUCAAGGUUUGUCUUAAAUCAGCGGAAUAAAGCUUAAUUUUAUUGAUUGUUAGCCACCUUCUACUUACUUUCUACGCCCUUAAGGAAGAUAUAGUUACGAAUCGUCGAUUUCGUAGAAGGAUUUUUUUUCGCUUCGUUGUGCCAUUUUUUUUGCUUUCAGAGCAGAUUUUAAUCUUCUCUCUCUUUUACUCAAAUAUGUAGCUUUCAAACGAUGCUGACAUCAAAGGAAAAGGUGAUUUGAAACUUAAAACUUAUUCCCGGAAUUACAGCAUUAGCUAUAAGCUUUAUGUAUGGUAGUAGAGACAUUUAUUGAAUAGAGGAAAAUUAAAUGUUGUGAUCGUCAUAAACCUACUUUGAUUGCACUAUGGUAAUAGGAUAUUUUAAGCUUAUUAGUCCUAUGAAUAUAAAAUGGUUUCCGUAUUUGUUUUUUUUUUUGAAAGAGACUUACUUGUCGAAGUUUUAGGUAAGAGUGUAAGAUAUAUUACUAAAACUGAAAAAUAGCCGUUGUUAAAGAAAUACUAUAUCAAAGAAAAACUUAUUUGCUGUGCGAAUGUAUUUUAUCUGAAUUUUACCUGUGCAUUGGAAAACUUUUUUGGUUGAUAUUUUUGCAAUAUAAAUGAAUGAAUGAAUGAAUUAUUAUUAUUAUUAUUAUUAUUAUCAUCAUUACUAUCUUCUUUAACUUUAUCUCAUGACUGAGCUAGAGUUAGAAUGAGGUAGAAGUCUGUUAAUUGAUGGAGAGUUCCUUUCUAAGGAUAUGAGAUGUUCCUAGUAGUGUGAUCAUGUGAUUACAACUGCUGUUGAUAUACAUAUCAUUUUCAACUCCAUAGCCUUUGUUUCUUAUCUCUCUUGGUCGUCAAAGUGAACCUGGCACAUUCUUUAAAGAUGACGAAAUAAAUUUUACUUGCUGGUAUAUGUGAGAUAUUAAGCAAAAGAACUAAGAUGUUAAGCCCUGUUUUCACUGGUGCAUAAGUAUAAGGAGUUGACAUCUGCACACGGAGAAUGGCAUAUUUGACUCAAUUCUUGAUACCCGAUCAUAAACAAGAUGGCAGACCCCAAGAUUAUUGACAGCUGAUAGCAACUUAUCAGUGUGCAGGAUUUUCAGCAAUACCUAAAUUGCAUUUUCAUUUAUUUGUUUCCUUCCCUUAUCUUCCUAUCUUCUUCAGCUGCUUUUUGACAUCAAAAAUAAAAGAGAGUAUGUGCAAAACAGAUAGGUAAAUAAUAGAAAAUAUUAGCAAGCACGGACAGUACUAGUUAGUGAUCAGCACACCUGCUCGUGUGAACAUUGCUCUUUUUUAUUGUUUAAUAGAAAAGACUUCCCAAGGGCUAAAAUUGUUUCAGGAUUCUUUAAAUGUAAGUACAGGCUGUAUAAUGAUUAUCUUUAUAAAGAAAUCGUUUUUGUCCUCACCUACCAUAAAUGAUCUUACAGACGCCUGAGGCAUUUAUUUAAUUUCAGAAGUCCAAGAGGGUGUGUUUUAUAGAGCGGAGAAGUCUUUAUGUCACAUUGCCAUGGUAGAAGAAUUUCUGGACGACAAACCAAAAAUGUCUCUUAAAAAAAGUGAAUUCGUACUGUUUCAAACUUCAUUGAUCCUUUUCAAUUUCUUUUAAUUUGUCAAAUGUUGGCAAAAUUUUCUGGGGUUGAAUCUGAAAAGGACUGUAUCAAAGUUUAGAAAAAGAAAAUUUUUGUGUUUUGUUCACCUUCUCCAUAAAGCGGACAUGUGAACUUGGGAAGAUUCAUGUCGCAAUGGUGCAACGGUGACUAAGAAAUGUCAUAAAAGCGUGAUGCAGGUGCAAAUUUGUUGUUUUGCUAAUAGUAAACCUAUUCUUUUUUGCUGUUUUCAUUGCCGUUGCCAUCAUCGUUGCUAAAGCUCCCUUUUGUUGUGAUCCAGAAAUUUUGCUACCAUGGUAACGUGACGUCACACUUUUCCUCUCUAUAGAUGGUACAUGUUUUAAAGAGGGAGGGGUUUAUUCUCAUAACUGUAACAAGCUCAACAAAACUACUUGUUCUUUUAAAUCACCUUGAAGUUGUUGUGAGAUUCCUUUGCAUUGGGUGAUUGUGUUGCCAUUGUUAGUCUAUCCUUAUUUUGAAUUUGACAUUGAACAAGAUAGAAUACACAAACCCUUGUUAAUCAAGCAAGAAACUAUAUAAAUUGAAUGAUUUUGCUCUUUUUUGCUAUUUCCUAGUAUUUCGGAGUAAUUCUCCGGGGGCGUCUAUUAGACAGGGUGCGUUUAUUAGAUAAGAGGUAUUUAUUAUUGAGAGUGGGCAAUUAUUAGAUCAUUUACAGUAUUUUUUGGUUGGUAAUUCAUUAAAAAUCUGUUUCUUCUUAAUAUCAGAUUUCCAUCAUGAACAAGAAAGCAGGCCAUUCUGAUAAUUCUGCGAGAGAUUGGCUGGAUCCUUUAAAAUCCGGAUGUGAAAAUGAGAAAACCAAGAAUGAAAACCUUGUAGAACAUGAUAUGGAACCUCCAGCAGAUGGUAUGUUACUGGCCGAAUUUAUACUAGAGACGAGUUAUCUGUCUAGACAGAUUAUCCAUCAGAUGGAUAAUUUGUCUAAGUAUAAAUCUGAAGGCAAAUUUUGACGAAUAAUUUGUCUAGAUAUUUACUUAUUUAUCCCAGGAAACAUUGUGAAAAUAUAGAAACCACUCCCUCUCAUGUGGAAACUUCGUCAAAAACCCUCUACAUUCUGUCUAGAUAUAAAUUUAGAGACCUGAGAUGGAUAAUUCAUCCAUAGUAUAAAUUUGGCCACUGAGAAUAAUAAGACCUAAUGCCCAAGAGUGACCAACAUCAAUUUUCUCCUAACAAUUUUUAUUUUAAUACUUACUCAAGAGAAAAGGUUAUGAGUUUGGAGUUCUAAAAGUGUGGGAAGUGGGAGAAAUAGGGAAGCAUUAUGCAACAAUGCUUAAUAUUUUGCCAUCCAAAUAGGGCUAAAAUAGGGGCAGGAGCCAGGAAUGCAAAGUGCAAACUGGGACAAUGCAAAUGCAUUGGGGAAAAUGCAAUGCAAAUAACGUUAAUUCUCUAUUCUUUGAUGGAAGAUGUUGAGAGAAGAAGAUUAAUAAGAGUACUAUUAACAUUUUGUGAAAUGUUCUUUCCUGAUAGAUAUUUUCCAGCCUCCAGUACAAGCAAAGAAAAAGAAAAGGAAGAAAAAACGAGCCAGUGAUAGUGUCUGUGAAAGUUUUUAUGGUAUGCAAUCAAAAAUUAGUUGAUUUGAGAGUCAUUGGCUAUAAGUGCAACAAAGGAGUUUGACCUAAACAGAUGUACACUAAUAAUUUAUGGAAAACAAGGAGAUAUUAUCUCCUCUUUUCCUUCCUUCCCACCUCACUCAUGCCAUCUUCCGUGUGCUUCCCUUGUUUAUGGUAAAUGAAAAGACAAAAGUAGAUGACUGGGGACAAAUCAGUGAUAUUUAAGCCACUGCAAAGCAACAAAGAACAUGUCUCCGUCAUUAUCUUUUCAGACAUAUACAAGGUACUGGACGAUGUUUUAGGGCAAGGUGCUCACACAAUAGUGAAGAGUUGCGUGAAGCUUGUCACAAAUCAGGAAUAUGCUGUUAAGGUUAGCAAAUUUCUUUUUAAUAUGAUUAUUGCCAGAGAGAGGUACUUCCAUUUUAUGGGUUAUAUAGGUAUGUGCCGCCAUGGAGGUUAUGGUUUUCAAGCAGUUUGGUCUAGGAUAGGGUAUAGAGAUCAGAGAGUUUAGGCCUAGAAUAGGGUACCAUUUUCCAGGAAACUACUCUGAUCUAAUCUAAGUUUGUGUUGUACCUCUCCCAGGAGUAUUGUAAUGAUUUGUUAAUAAUAUUAUUGAGUUAUUGUAUUAUUUUAUAUCUGUGGCUCUUAGUGAAGAACUCAGAUGAUACACCGCAUCAGACUUGUAUUUUAAUCAAUAUAAGAUACAUUCUUAUUUUGGCAAUGCAUUCUAAGCUUGGCUGGGAUUUCUCUAAAAUCAGCGUUUCUGCUCUUGCAUCGACAGAUCAUUGACAAGAGUGCAAAGGUGGACAGAAAACGGGUCCUUAAUGAAAUAGAGCUCCUCUAUCAGUGCCGAGGACACAAGUGAGAUUGUUUAAUAACAUUAUUUUUUCUAAUAUUCCCUAGUUUUUUCAACUAUGUCUUAGUUAAUCACAAUAAUGUCUUUUUUUUUCAGAAACAUUAUAGACUGCAUUGAAUAUUUUGAAGACAGCCACAAGUGAGUACUAUUUCUUUCCGAUAAAAAUAAGAAAUCAUUUAAUUAUCAGGAUGUAAAGGAAGUUAGUUUUACAGCCUGUCAUUUGGGGAAGCUGUAGCUAGCAUGUACUAGCCCACUAGUCAUUUCAUCUAGCCCAAAAACCCUUUUUGAUUAGCAGACAAUCCUUCUGUAAUUUAAUUUUCCCCUAAAAACGGCACUAAUGCCUAUCAAGCAAAUUAAGAACAAAAAUCACUAGCCCGAUAGCAAAAUCCAGUAGCCCUGGGCCAUUAGACAUGACUUUCUUUGCACGAUUAUAAUGUUCUUAUUGCUCCCCAAACAGUGCUCCAUCAAUUUAUUAAAUUUUCGAAUAUUUUUCUUUCAGGUUUUAUUUGGUUUUUGAAAAGAUGAGAGGAGGUAAUGUUGAAAGUAGCUUGCGUAGCAGACGUUUGAAAGGGAAGGGAAAGGGAGUUUUGGGAAAGGGAGUUUUAGGCGCGAGAGAAACAUGAGGGGCGCACUUUGUGGCAGGCGUUUGAAAGGGAAGGGAAAGGGAGAAAUGCAAAACACGAAACGCAAAAUGCCCCUCACGUUUCUCUCGUACCUAAAACUCCCUUUCAUUUUGGGUUUCUCCCUUUCCCUUCCCUUUCAAACGCCUGCCACGCAGGCUAUUUUGAAAGGGAGUUGUCACUUUUUGUAAUUAAUACUGCAGUUAGUUCCUGUGGGACAGAAUACUUUUUUCUCUGGGAUACAUAAUUUUGUUUGCCACAAAUGUUACCACAUUAUACAGUCAAAGCUCCACUAACGCCUACCUCUCUGCAAUGGUCACUUUUUUGGCAGACAGUCCAUACAUUAACGAGCCCUGUCAGGGUAAAAUUCAACAAGUGACAUGCCCGAAAAAGUGAGAUUUGAAGAUGAAAUGGGAACAAACGACACAAAGAUGGGUUGAAAGUACGACAGUGAUAGAGACAGAGACAAUUGCAAAAACAAUAGUGAAAUGCCGACAGUGACAUGGCCUCCUCCUCAAAAGGCAAAACAACCAGUUUUGAAAUUUUGAUUGGCGGCAUUUAUACUCCCCUUGAGAGGGCCUCAUUAACUCUUAAUUAAACUUCUCUCCUCUGUCCCCAAGUUGGCCCUUGUGGAGAUGUACUGUAAAUAAUAGCAUCUCGGAUGCCUCUUUUUCAUCUUCCUAUUUUUAGGACCUCUUCUUAAAUAUAUUGAGAAGAAAAGAGUGUUCACAGAGAAAGAAGCAAGUUUAGUUGUAAAAGAUAUCGUCUCUGCAUUGGAUUUUCUCCAUAAAAAAGGUACUUACACUGUGAGUUCACUUGAUGUUCUGCAUUAGUAAGUUUUACUAAGGAACUUUAUUUAACCAGGGUAGCUCAUUGAGCAAAGUGGCUGGUAUCCAUAGAGGCCCCAAGUCACAAAGCACAUGCAAAGCACAUUCACAGUCACAAAGCACAUUCAAUUCAUGACACCUUUGCAGAGAUGUAUAACGUAGCUAUAUAAGGAAAAGCUAAGCCGGCUCUUUUAUUUGUUUAACUGGCUUUGCUAUUCAGUUGCACGUUCAAAAUUACCCCAUGUCUUUGUUUGCCAGAGUAAUUUAGCCGGUGGUAAGCUCCCUUUUAGUGACAUCCCCGCUUUGUAAGGGAAUUUUAUACGCUGGUCAAACUCAGGCUCACCUGCCGUGGAGACAUGACAUCUGAUGUUAUUUACGGGUGAUGAUGUAAAAAAACUUCAGAGUCCGCGACAAUUUGAAUCACAAAAUAGUGUGACUCUUAUGAUUACAGACCGAACUGGACUCCACUCAGUCCUAUUACAGUUAUUAAUAUGCACUUGGAAUUUUUUGAUGUUGGCGGUGAUGAAAAAAGGUUGACUUGUAAGCCUUAAGUAAACUAGCAAUGUACAUUUAAAUCAAGGAAUCAAUAGUUUGUGGCUAAUUGCUUCUGAAUCCAAAGGACUCUGUUGCUGACUUGUAUUUAAUGAUGUUUUUUUGUUGUUCCCUUUUAGGCAUAGCUCAUAGAGAUUUGAAACCAGAGAACAUACUGUGUGCCUGUGAAAACCAGGUAGAGAACGGUAGACUAGUAAUACAGCAUUCUCUUGAGUUUUUGUGUAAAUAACACUAGCAUUAUGAAAAAAUUCACUAGCAUUAUGAAAAAACUUUUGGGUGCCAUGUGAGAGGUGUCCAUCUUAUAGAGAGUAUAGUUACAGUAAAAUGACUGAAAAAUGGAAGGGACCAACACCAGGUGUCCAUCCUAGAGAUGUGUCCAUCUUAGACAGGUGUCUGUCUUAUAAAGGUGUCCAUUAAGAAAGAGUUCACUGUAUAUCUGUUGACUGAAACAUAGCCUGUGUACAGCUGCCAAUACAAAUUAUGCUUUCUUUGGUUUGUCAAGUAGCAAUAAACCUUGGUGUCACACUGCCCUUUAAUAAGUUAGUUUCCUGUCUGUCUAAAAUGUUAUUAUGUUGUUGUUUUAAGAACCUAUGGAUUUAUCCUGGCCGACCCUGAAUCAGUAUAACCUCUCUUUUUCACCAUAGCUGUGGUUGUGUUUCAGAUAACACCAGUCAAGAUCUGUGAUUUUGACUUGGCAAGUGGACUUGAUGGUCUGAGUGCCGCAGUAACAACACCAGAGUUACAGACUCCGGUAAUUAUCCAUUUUGCAGAAAAUAAAGUGCGGUUUCAAUAAACAUGGUUUUGACUAUCCUAUUUUCUUUGUGACACAUUAAACUAUUGUUAUAACAUGACACUUAUAAUAGACUCUUGUCCUUUAUGGGAUAUGUAAUAAAUCAGGGCUGUCAAAAAGUUUUUAAGUAGCAGACUGAUAAUGAAUAGUCGGUGGCUUUGGAACUCGCAUCAAAGUUCCUGAGGCCCGAGGUAUCUAGGGACAUUUCGAAAAUUAGAGUCUCGGAAAAUGGCCUUUCCAGGGGUUUUCAAGAGGUGUUUUCCACAGUGGACACCAUGUUGUUUUGUCAGAAUACAUGAAAGACUGGGAACAAUGCCAUUGAAAUGUCCCAGGUGUUCCAAGACAUCGCACAGUUCGAACGUUUCACAGGUCUAACCUGUUAGAAUAUGGGUUCAAUGUCAUUCAAAACUGCGAAAUGGAUGCUUUACAAUUUUAUUCAAUGAUGCUUAUUUUUUGUUAGCAGUUAUGGUAGAAGGAGAUGAAAGUAGCCAGCUAAGGAUGGCUAACUAGCCGGCGGUUUUGGCUGGCUACCGGUCCUUGUUGACAGCACUGAAUGAUAUAGAGUCGAUGGGUGUGUGUCCAACACCUAGAAACCCGCUUAGUCCCGAUGUUUGUCCCGAUGGUGACCAACAUCUAUUUUCUCUUAGCAAUAUCCAUACAUUGUCAAGAGAUUAGGUUAAUAAGAGAAAGUGCUUUGAUCUUUUAUCAAAUUCUCUCAACUCAUUCUUUAUGGAAAUGUAUAGAGAUCAGUUUGGAGAAUUUGUAUGUGGAUAUUGGGGCUAAAAGGGUUGAUACAGUGUGCAGGAAAUUUCACAGCAGACAUUUCAUCUUGCUUAGUUGUUUAGGUGAUGUUACACAAGACAAUAUGCAAGACGAUUCUUAUGGCAACAGUAUUGAAAUUGUAUGAAACAUCUUUUCGCAUCAUCCUGUGUAAUAUCAUCUUUAUGAGAUACUUAUUAAUUUUAACAAGGAUGUAACAGCUGUCUGUGGUUAAUGUCUUGCAAAGUAAGUUAGUUCAGUCUAUGUAGUACCAGCCUCCUUCUGCUUUGUGUGUUUUGUGAAGUGUAGCUAACAACGUUACUUUGUCGUUUCCUACAGGUUGGGUCUGCUGAAUACAUGGCACCUGAAGUUGUGGAUGCUUUUAAGACGCAGGCUACAACUUAUGACAAAAGAUGUGAUUUGUGGAGUCUAGGAGUUAUCCUGUUAGUAAUAUAUUAAUAUUAUUAUUGGUUGCAAUCAUUUCACCUUAAAGCCUCUUAACUCCCCUAAAGCGCCCCUUUCCUGGGUUUCUGAGUAAUUAAGACAAUAUUGGCCAGUUCCUUUCUCCUUAGAUGAAGUCCUUUAAAUCCAGCCAAAAAUUUACAAAAAAAAAAAAACAUUUGUACAAACCAUUUUCCAGUUUUAAACUUUUUCUUAAAAAUAUAUUUAUUUUGAAAAAAGACUUUUAAUACAGGUUUCAUUUUCAAAAUGAUCAGUCUAACCGGUCAGUUCUGACUUUUGGAAAGUGCCCUUAUAACAGAUCGCGCACGCAUGAUGUAUCCUUGGGUAUUCUUAUGUCUAGGUAUAUCAUGUUGUCUGGUCACCCACCAUUUUACGGCAAGUGUGGCACAGAUUGUGGAUGGGAAAAAGGAGAAAACUGUAAAUCAUGUCAGGUGAGUAGAGGAAUAUUAAACUUUGUCAGAAUAAUAAUAUACUGUUAGAGCUACAGUAGACCUCGGAUCGAACUAACUGAACUAAAUUUGCUUCCUUUCCCUUGAACAAAAAAUUCACUAAAAUUUAACCCGAUAACUUGAAUUCUGGUUCUUGUAAUUCCACUCGGAUGCCAUGCCAUCAGCUCUUCUUGUUGUAUAAGGGUAAAGCACUAAAACUAACUCUCGUCAACACUUCAUCUGAUAAUGAUUUUAAUUGGUUCAACGAACGGAUCGCGUUGUAUCAUGUGAGAGAGUUGUUAUAGUAUCUUCUACGCAGAAGAUAAUGUAUUUCAUUCUUUUACUCACAAACUUUUCUGAAAUCUUCUGUUCAUCUCAUCAUAGCUUCCAGGGGUGUAGCCAGCUUUUUUCGACUAGUUGUAGGCCUGGCUGACUUUCAUUUCCCCAUAUCCUGAAAUUACACGCAUGACUAUGACGUACUGACCUCACCAACACUUUGAACUCUUAAGCUUUUUAGCUCACCCCAACAACGCGUAAUGUGUUACCAGUGGUAAAUCAAAAAUUUGUAGGUCUAUGGGCUUGCUACGUCCCUGGCUUCUAUUUUCAUUUGUGUGUGGGUGUGUUUUUUUUACAAAUUUAGGAGAUGCUAAUGAAAAGAAUACAAGAGGGGGUGUAUGAUUUCCCAUCAAAGGUAAAUUAAAUAAAUCGAGGCAAAAAUAAUUAAUAAUGAUUGUAAGUUAUCAGUCUCUUCUUUUGGUAAAAUCGCCAGGUUUUAAUAUUUCUCCCCCUGAUUUUCUUUGAAUUAUGCCGAAAUAGUACAUAGUUGAUCAUUACAAAUACAAAGAUCCUGUGCAAGGGUUGUUUGUUCCUAAUUGUGUAACACUUCACAGACAGUCUCCUGGGCCGGGUUGUUCAAAGCUGGGUUAAGGUAACCCAGGGUUAGUGUGAAAUUUGAAUUCAGAUAUGAAAGUAUAAGACGCAAAUUCAGUUAAGUUCUUUUUACCUACAAUUAGAUGAUAGGCCAUUUGCACUAAGAGGUGAUGUGACAUCGUUUUACGAAAAUGAAAGUUACAUGAUCUUUUCUUCAAAAAACGAUUAGUGGGUCCUAUUUUUAGCAAAAUAAUAGUGAUUUGGUUUUUCAAACCUGUACCAUUUUCUUAAAAUCAGUGAGCGCGUAGCUGGUCACGUGACUAAACUGUGAUUUUUAAAAUUAUGAAUUACCUCUUUCUGAACACAAAUUUUGCACUUAAACUUCAAGGAAAGUGUUGAAAAGUUGAUGUGGGAAUGUUUACAGCAAAUCUGAGCGUAACUAUCAAACGUUAACACGAUCUAAGCAAAAAGUAGUUUUGGCCGCCAUGUUGGAGGGCAAGAGUAUGCCCUCCAACAUGGCGGCCAAUACAAAUCAUACUACUUUGUUGAAAAAUCAAAGUGCCAUAAAAUAUCUCCCUUAAAUGCGUUUCCUCUCAAAUUUCGGGUGUAAGAUAAUUUUUAUGUGCUCUGUCAAUUUUUGGCAUCAGCAAGAUUCCAACUCAUUGUUUAAAGGAAGCAUUGGUCACGUGACCUCUUAUUGCAAAAAAAAGAAUAGAGAAAAUUACCCGGGAAAAUGCUUUGGAACAAAGGAAAAAGAAACUGGAUUAGGAUUUAACCGUGGGCUAGCGCUAAUCGGCUUUCCAACAACUGGGCCCUGGGGUAGAAAGGUAAAUAAUUAGGCGCAAAAAAAUUGGCCAGCGAAGCGAGCCCAGCGGGGAGGGGGAAUGGGUGGCGGGGGCUCUGCCGCCCUUGUUCCCCCUCAACCCCAAGUUCCAUCAAUCCCCUAUUCCGUUCCCCUAGCUCGCGCCGUUAUCAGCUUUUUUUUCACCAUCAGGGAGCCUUGUCCCAGGCUAAGCGCCCCCGCCUAACGACGCUAUCAUCUGAAUGGUGAAACGAGGUCUUACAUCACAGCCAGCAUGUUUUAUGAGUGUUUCAAAGCCCUACUUGUUGCGCCCGGAAGACCGGGGCUCAUCCAAGUGGAACGAACAGUCUGGUAGCGUGAGAAAACAGCCGACAUUUCGAGAUGACACCGCUUCUUUCAUUGCGAAAUGACACCUGAGAAACGAGCGCCGAAAGUCCAUACUUAUGAUGCGUCACUACCCGGAUCUGGGUAGUGCUUUUGAUUUGCUGAAGCAAAUUUCCCACGCGGCACGACCAAUCAGAAGCACUGCCCAGAUCUGCGUACUGACGCUGUGACGCAUCAGCAGAAUAUAAUUUCUGCGCUCGUUUCUCAGACCAGUGAUGGCGUCUCGAAAUGUCCGCUGUUUUCUCAGGCUAAUAGAGUGACGGUUAAAUUAACUGUGCUAAGCUAGUACUGUCAGAAAUUAGAAUUACCUUCGCAUACUCAUUUGUUUAUUAAUUUGCUGCGGCCAUCACUUUGUCAUUUCCACUUUCAGGAAUGGGAUGUCAUUUCACAGGAAGCCAAGAGUCUUAUUUCUCACUUACUAGUUCGAGAUGCAACAAAACGUUACACAACUGAAAUGAUUUUACAACAUCCUUGGAUUCAAGAGGUGAUUAUACGAUUUCUCCUUCCUUCCUUUUUGACAUUGUAGCCAUUGUUUUAGAGUGUGGAAGCAAUAGGUACAAAUGUAAGUUACAGUUGUAAAAGUUUUAUUAAAUUCAUCCCAACUCCCUAGCUUUGCUAACUCAAUUGCUUAGAGCGCUGCACCGAUAUAACAGAGCUCAUGGUUCGAAUCCCCGCGAGCCUGAAUUUUUUUCAGGCUUUCUUUUCGCACGUACAUAGUUGCGUAUUUAACUGUGAUGAUCCUCUCUACCUUUAUUUCUUCAUCCCGCAGUUCAAAUAUAUCAAAUUCAUAUAUUCAUCACUUGUUUUUCACUGUUGUAUUUUCACAGGCGAGCAACACACCUCUUCCCACCCCUACCCUACUAACCAGGUAUGCAGGUCUUUCCUUUUACGUCCUUUCAGCUCUCUGGUUGUUAUCCCGUUUAAAAAUAGAAAAGUAGUGCUGAUGAACUAACCGCGAAAUUAUGUGUGAGAGCUUGGUUUCAUCCUUAGACUCAAGAGUAGCCUGCGUAGAAGUUGUUUCCGUUCCCUGUUAGACGCGCGGAGCUAACUCGAAAGUUUGAACCACCUUCUCCGCUUAAUUAGGAUCAGGGUGAACAAAGACAACUUGGAGGAAGAUUUUUGAGUAUUUCCCUCAUAUUCUCAAAAAAACAACAACAACAACAACAACAACAACAACAAAAAGACAAAGUUUCAUUUUGCUUUUGUUCCCCAGAAAAGUUAACACGGUUAUUUAUGUUGAAGGAGGUUAAGCCCCCUUCCGAUCGCAAAAUGAUAAAACCUUUAACAUAUAAACUUGCUUCCGCCACUACGACUUCUCGCUAAAAUCCGUAGUAGAUUGACGACAGCUAUCACGUUUUCCCGCCAAAAUUGAAGCUGGUGUACGCGCGCACUACUUCGUAUUGAGAAUAUUUCGUUCUCGCAGUCGUCCUCGUCUUAAAAUCUAAAGGUCUCUUUUGUCUUUGCUUAAUCCGCCUAAUCCAUAAACUGGUAGCCUGUUCCAGGCGUUCAGAUAGUGGGGAGCAGUGCAAAGUAAAAAGGAACGCGAAAAAAUAAAAUAAAAUAAAAGUCUCUCCUCUACUUUUCAUCGCUUUCUUUACUUCGCACCGCUCUCCACUAUCUGAACGCUUGGAACAGGCUAAGAAACUGGGGGCUUUGACUGAAUAUUUAGCGCCCCAGACACAACGAGUUUAUCAAAGGCCGCGGGCGAAAUUGAGGCAAAGUGUUCUUACAAGUAGAAAGUUGAAAUUUGUUCUUGGUUGUUGUAGGAAUAUGAAUACCCUUGAACUGCAAGAGUUUGCCGCCGAGGCUGUGGCCAUGAAUCGUCUGUAUUCCGAAGCAACGGCCAUUGAUGAUGAUAACAAUGACGAGUUUCAGAAAAACAUCAAGCCACGAAUGUUUGGACUGUCUCCUCCUUCCAAGUCUGGUUUAGCGAGACGGAGAGCUGCGUCAUCGAAAUCGCAAUUUUCAAAUUCAGUCACCAAAGACAGAGAAGAUGAAAUUUAGGGAGAAACUGUAUUGUACACAUUGUUUUAUGCAGUCCGACAACGACAAAUAUCGUAAAGAGUAGGUACUGUACAGUCUCGACUCUUCGACCCCCUAAGGGCCUGUUUACAUGGAGGCGGGGGACCCCAGGUAAGUGAGGUAACCCGCCUGUCCAUAUAAUCUCUCAUUUUAAUUUGAUCACGUUUACGUGAUAGGUGGGGUGGCCCGCCGCGGGUUACCUCACCUACCUGGGGUCCCCCACCUCCAUGUAAACAUCCCGGCCCCCCAAAAUGCACCUAGGCCAGGUUUGAAAACGGGUAUGGAUUGUAGAGGUCUGGUCUGAAAACGGGUGUGGAAAAUGACAUUUUUUAGUCUGAAAUAGGGUAAGGAUUUGAACCGGGCGGCAUACCCCCACCAAGAAUUCCCAGGAAUAACCCCCCCGGACCUAGAUUUGGUUUCUGCCACUCUCCAGUCAAAUUUAUAAAUUUCAUAUUUGUAUAUUUUUUAAAAUUUGCAUUUCUCAUUUAAUUAAGGAUACGGUAGUAAAACACAACCCCAUCCUUGAUGGGGUCAAACAUCAGGAAACAUUCAAGUCCCCAUAACAAAAUACGUACCUUUCACUGGCCACUGUACGGUUCAGUUAUUGCAGAAAAUAGAGACGUAAAUUCGUCAAUCGUUUUUACAAACCUCUUGAUAUGAAACUAGUGUUCAUUACUUUUGAAAUUACGCGUGUGAGAUAGAAAUUUUUUGACGACUUUGCUCAACCCCAAUAGUGACCAAAGUAAAAAUGUCAAUAAAAUUCGAAACUUCUUUUUGUAAAAUUUUAGGAUAUAAAUAGUUAUACGCAAAAGUUGUGGUUUCAUUAGAAUGGCAACACUAUAGGAUUUCAUCUAAAGACCCAAAGGUUAUAACCACUUUCUAUAUAAGAUAAAUGGUAUCACAUGAAAGUGAAAGUACCGAUGAAGAGGUUUCUUUUGAAUGGUCAGACCACAGGAUUUCGUCAACAUAUGAAUGACAAAUUAGAGAGAUUUAGAGUGACGUUUACGGCAAACGGCAAACGGCAAACGUGAGAUUCAUGUUGAGAAAUUCUCAAAAGAAAUGAGCGGUUAAAAGCAGCUCAAAAUAAUACUUAUGGAUACAACUGGCGUGAAUCGACUGAUUUCCAUGUAGUUAUCAUGAGCAGUGAACGGCAACACGGCAAGUAAAGUCUUGGUCACGUGGUUCAAACUCGCGUUUGCUGUUUGUCCUAAACGCUACUCUAAAGCUCUCUAUUUCUCGCCAUAACUCAGACUAAGGGAAAAAGUGUGAAAUCUGUAUAAAUUUAGCUGAAUACCAUGUUCUGUCGUUGGUUUAGGUGCGGAUCAAUUAUUUUUAUUUCACUUUUUUGACUAAGUGUGUUAACUUUUUAUUGUCUUGAAAGAAUAAUGCUAAAGCUGUAUGAAUUUUUGCACUCUAAGCACUGAAAGAAAGUAGGGUAUUUUAUUACAUAUCAGUUUGUACAUUUUUUUCUUUCAGAGUAGGAGAAAUUGUAUAGAAAUGUGAUUAGUAUUUUAAGUGAGGAUUUUUUAACCUUUUUGUAGAUAUUCUCUGAGGAUCUUUGAAUUCGUUACUCUGUAAAAAUAUUGACGAUCCUCCCAAAAGCUGAAUACGAGUUG